AUGGGCCGCGGAGGUGGUGAGAUUGAGAGCACAGCAGAUGCCGAAUGUUCAUUCGAGCUUCGUCCAGCCACCGUGGCCGACUAUGAGCACUACGUUUCCUUCUUUCCGGACCUGUCGGUGCCUGCGUCCCUGCUACUGCCCUUCGACACGUGGCAGCGAGACCUAGCGCCGUCGACGUAUUUCCUCGUGGAAACUCCCGGAGCCAAGGCGCCUCGCAGUGACGCUCAGCGGAAUGGGACGAGUGACGGGGCCCCUCUCGCGUACGUCUACGUGGAGACGCUGCAGGACUCGGCGUUCAUUCGCCAACUCGUCGUUCACCGAGAGAAGCGCAGGCAGGGCAUGGGGACGAAGCUGAUGCGGGCUCUAGCGGCGAGGCUGGCAGCAGCAGGGUGCAGGCAGUGGCGCCUCAACGUCUUCCCCUCCAACACCGCAGCCGUCCGCCUCUACUCCCGCCUCGGCCUCUCGCCGGUUCAUUCCGGCUCCUGCCUUUUGAUUCCCUGGAAAACUCUCUUUCUGCGUUCUCAGAAGUCCCCUGUACUGUGUAAAGAUGAGAAGGCUGGAACGGCGAGCCUUGACUGCAAGACAGGGUCGUGUGCAGGAAAGGACAGGAGCUGUGGGAGUCCAAGGGACGAUGGAUCAAGCAGCAUGUGCCGUGCAGGAAGGUUGUCGGGUGAACGGACAGAGCCAGACGGACAGCUGAGGGAGGAAUCAGGUGAUUGGUCAGGGCUUGAGAGGGCUCGCGCCGACACUAGUGCUACUUCCACAAGCAGUUUUCCCCGUAGUCACUCCUCCGCCUCCGCCGACACCCCGCCCGCUGGGUUCUCCGGAGUGCAUCACCGCAUCACCCGCACUCCCCCGGUCAGCUCGUCAGCUCCGCACCCGGCGGUUGCCGCCAGCAGAGGAGCGGUGUUUUCGCAGCGCGCACGCGCCGCCUGCAGCGGGCGCGCAGCGCUGCAGAUGCCUCGAGGAGCGAGCAUUGGCGGGGAUGGAAGCGGCGUGGGGGGAAGCGGCGGAACCGGCGGCGAUGGGCAAUGGCUUGCGCGGCUGCGGAAAUGGGAGGAGGAGACGGGCCGCGCCAAAGGGCGCCCCAUGCGCAGUGCGCUCGCCGCAGGAAACGCUGCCUCCUCCGCGGGCGCGCGGAAGAUGCGGUGGCAGCGGAGCGUAAGCGAGGGGGGCGCAGGUUCCGCCGAUGCUGCUGCAGCCGAUGCUGGUACUGGUGAUGAAAUUCUCGCCAUGGCGUGCGGUAACGAGUCCGAGGAGAGCGAGAACGAGGAUGAGCAGGAGCAUGAGAGUGAGAACGAGGAUGAGGAUUCGGGAGAUGGCGGCGGAGCAGUGCUCAUGGGCGAGGUGGUGGAUAGUCCCACGGAACCCGCACCGUACCUUGCCGUCGCUUUCGGCGCAGCAGCACCACUCGCCAACCCCAGCCCCGGCCAUGGCCCCUGCUUCGUCCCCGGUCCAAGCUUGGGCAUGGACACGGGGAGCGGCGGUGCGUCAGGGUGCGGCGUGCGCGCGCAACAGCCGAUGAUGACGUCUCCCGCGCAGCACUCCGCGAUGCAGCCGCCCGUCGCGUUGUACCCAGGGGGACAGGGACAGGGGCAGGGGCAGGGGCAGGGGGGCCAGCAGGGGCAGCAACAGGCGCAGCAGCAACGGCAGGGGCAGGGGCAGGCAUGGGGCUGUGGGCGGCAGGAACAGCAAGCAGCAGCGCGGCAAGUCCCCCCGCGUGUGCUCCAUCGCUGCCAAUCCGUGCCCGUCGAGUCUCCCCAUCGCCCCCGUCGCUCACCCCCGCCCCCGCACGCCCCAGUCCGCCCCGCCACCUCCCCCAAACCCGCCGUGCGCGCCCCGCGCCGCCGCCCUCCGCCUGUGCUGCUCCCCUCCGCGUCCCCCCCCGACGACAUCCCCCUUGCUGCGCCCGUCACCUCCCCCCUUGCUACGCCCGUCUCCUCCCCCCUUGCGCCUGCCCCCACGCCCCUCGCGGGGCAGCGGCACUCGGCGCUGCGCCCCGAAUCCGCGGAAAGGGCAGCGCGGCGCAGACCAGCGUCCGCGCGGGUGAGGGGCCAGGCGGGAACAGAGGCAUCUAGCAGGGAUGAGUGCAGCUGUGCCGGCGCAAGCACCGCUCUUGAGACUGCUCCUCCUGCUGCUGCUGCUGUUGCCACUCCAAGGGUUCUGCCUUCCUCCCCAGUGCCAGUGGCCGAAAGAGCAGCAGCAGCAGCAGCAGCAGCAGCAGCAUCAGCAGGUGGUGGUGGGGGCACAUGCAGCAGGGGGAAUCCGAGCCGUGCUGUGCACUCGUCCAGGCUUCACCACGCCUCUCCCCUCUCAUCCUCCCCUCCACCGCCGCAUGUGCACCUUCCCUCGUCGUCCCUCUCACACGCGCAUCACGCCCCCUGCCAGUCUGCUGCAGUCGCCACCUCCGGUGCUCAAUCCACUCGUCCUUCAUCCGCUGCUCCCACCACUGGCAGUAGCAGCACUGGCACUGGCAGUGGCAGUGUCAGGGGAACGAAUCGGCGGAGAAACGACAGCAUUGGGAGCAGCGGUAGCAGCAGCAGCAGGGCAGGUUCGUUGCACGUGGACAUGCCUGCAUCGCCGGUUGUUCCCAGCCCUCGCAUGCCACUCUCCUGCUUCCCUCGCUCCGUUUCCGCCUCUGCUGGUGAACCCUCUCCCUCUGCUGCUACAGCUUGUAACACUGCUGGUGCCGCUGGUGUUGCUGGUGGUGCUGGCAGCAGCAUGCACUCCCCCAUCAAUCAUGCUGCAUCAACCGUGGCAGGAGCAGCAGGGAGGACUCACUAUCGGCCCAUGUACCCUCGCUCCUCCUCCACUCCCACUGCUGCUGCCGCUGCCACCCAUACGGAACCCGCUCCUCCACGCAGCCGCAUCACCAUCAAGGUCACUGCCAUGCCGCUAGAGCACAUGCGUGCUGCUGACUCUCCUGCUGCUGCUGCUGCCGCUGCUGCUGCUGCUGCUGCCGCUGGUACUGCUGCUGCUGGUAGUGGUAAGGGUUCUGGGAAUAGUGGUGGCAUGAGCAGCACUGUUGACAGCGUGGGUGUGCCAUCUGUGCAGCUGCGAGAAGGGGGAGCAGGAGCAGGAGGGAGCGGUGCAGGCAGCGGUGCAGGCAGCGGUGCAGGUAGCAAGGGGUGGGCGCAGAGGAGGGGAGAUGCGCUCAUGGCUCAUAGCCUUAAGCAACAAGGUGCAGAGCAGGAAGCGAGGUGCCACGGGCAGCACAGAGAGAAGCUGACGACGAUAGUUGCAUCUGCUGCUACCGCUUCUGCUACUGGUUCCUUGUCUGCUGCUGCUGGUGCUGCUCGUAAGGCCUCACAGCAGCAGCAGCAGCAGCAGCAGCAGCAGCAGCAGCAGCAGCAGCAGCAGCAGGAGCAGCAGUCAGGUUGGUGUGUUGAGCAAACAGACAAGCUCAAGCUCCAAGGUCAGAAGCUUGAAGAGACAAGUGUCUCCUAG